CCAGCACCAAGAGCAUGAUUGUACUGCUAAGCCAUCGCCUUCAACGCGUCGUAGCCUCUGGUCUCCAAGUAAGCUUCAUUCUGUGAAACAUCUGUUCUGUAAUUUUACUCAUCCGGCGAAGCCACGACGUACGUCAUGGCAAAAUUAGCUCCUGAACAAGAAGGAGAGAGUGAUAGGAUUAGCAGCUUGCCAGACCCUCUGCUUCACCACAUCCUCUCUUUUCUUCCCAUAAAAGAAGCCAUAGCCACGAGCUUGAUCUUGUCCAAGAGGUGGACUCCGCUAGGGCUAGCAAUGCCCGCUCUUGAUAUUCAUGACACUGACUUUGCUACUUGCAAGUCUUUCAUUCAGUUUGUAGAUGCAGUCUUGUUCUUGUCGGAUUCGAAACCCAUAAACAUGUUUCGUCUCAAGUUUCAGAGAUUCCAAGUGCCUCCUGUCAGGAUUAAUCUGUGGAUUAACUCACUGAUAAAUCAUAAAGUUGAGCAUCUCGAGCUAGAUUUUUAUGGUCACAUUCAUGUACCUUCUCGCAUUUUCCACAGCAGUACCAUUAAGGUUUUGAAGUUGGUUAAGGUUAAGCUGAAUGCUCGAUCUGUUAAUUUGCCUUCACUCAAAGUAUUGUAUCUGGUGAGAGUUCAGUUUUCAAAUGCUGAAACUGUGGCUAAUAUCCUUAAUGGAUGUGCUCUUCUUGAAGUCCUGGUAUUAAAAUCAUGGUCUGCUCCUUCUGAAGAUUUCAACCGCCCCAGGAUUGGAAGGCUUGAACAUUUGGUGGUGGCACAAGUUCAACCAUCUUGGAUUCCGUUGGCAGCUUUUAGUGAUGUCAGCCUUCUUCGGAUUGAGAAAGGGUAUACACUAUCUACGUCCUUUUUUCCAACAUUUUAUAAUUUAACUCGCCUGGACUUCCCAUGUUUGACGGAUGAUGUGACCAACCUUGUGAGAUGCCUUCAAAAUUGCCCAAAACUUGAAAUUCUUACUAUUCUCAAGUUGGAUCCUAUUUUGGAGGGAAGUUCGGUGGAGUCAAUGCUUGAUGUUCCUCAAUGUCUUGCAACGCAUCUUAAGGAAUUUCGUCUGAGUGAAUAUAGAGGGUUGGAAUGUGAGUUUAAACUUGCAAUAUUUAUUCUGAAGAAUGCAAGUGCUUUAACAAACAUCUUCAUUUGCAGUUCUACAAUGGAAAAUGCAGAUUCGAAACUCCAAAUGCUCAUAAGAUUAUCAUCAUGUCCUAGAGCUUCUGUGAAUUGCAAGCUGAUGUUUAGUUAAAUUUCUG